AUGCAAGAAGAAGACAAUAAUAGAUAUAUAAACAACACCUCACCUAGUGCUGUCCAUCUUCUAAAUGCUCGUGGAGAUGGGGGUAGUACGGGAGAUUUAACCUUUUCAAAUUCUCCAUACGCUCAAACAAACAAAGAUUCCUCGUCGCAGAGCAAUCCAUUCUUGGUGUAUGAAGAUGGAACAAGUCCGUUCGGAGGAUACCCAGUAUCGAAUUUCCCACUCACCAUAGAUGAAAAGGAACCUGAUGACUACUUGCACAACCCAGACCCCAUCGAAGACGCGUUGUACGAUAAAAAUAGAUUCAAACAUGAUUUGAAAAACAUGGACAGGAAGUCCUUGGGCGGUCUCAUUGGGAUCAUUGUAUUAUUCUUGGCGGCGUUGGGAGUUUUCGUCUUAUUACCAGUGUUUACAUAUUCGGGCCUUGCAGAUCAUGCCAAGCCCGAAGUAUAUGAAGUCUUGACGCAAUACCAAUACCCGAUUCUCAGUGCUAUUCGAUCGAAUCUUGUUGACCCAGAUACUCCAGAACAGUUCUUUUGGCAUAAAAACAAAGAUGGUAAUAAUUGGAAGUUGGUCUUCUCCGAUGAAUUUAACACUGAGGGUCGAACUUUCUAUGAAGGUGACGAUCAAUUCUUUACCGCUCCUGAUUUGAAUUAUGCAGCUACAAGGGAUCUUGAAUGGUACGAUCCUGAUGCUGUUACUACUGGAAAUGGGACUUUAAACCUUCGUAUGGAUGCUUUCAAAAACCACAAUUUGUUUUACCGUUCUGGAAUGCUUCAAUCAUGGAAUAAAUUUUGUUUUACUCAAGGUCUUCUUCAAAUAUCUGCUAGACUACCAAAUUAUGGUAACAUUUCUGGGUUAUGGCCAGGGUUAUGGUCGAUGGGGAAUUUGGGAAGACCGGGUUACAUGGCUACUACAGAAGGUGUGUGGCCAUAUACAUAUGACUCGUGUGAUGCUGGUAUCACCCCCAACCAAUCUUCUCCAGAUGGAAUUUCAUAUUUACCUGGCCAGAAAUUAAAUAUUUGUGUAUGUAAAGGAGAAGAUCACCCUACCCCUGGUCUUGCAAGAGGAGCUCCUGAAAUCGAUGCAAUUGAAGCGGAAAUAGAUCUGAAAAUCCAUCUUGGUGUUGCAUCACAGUCAUUACAAGUUGCUCCAUAUGAUAUUUGGUAUAUGCCUGACUACGACUUUGUGGAGAUCUAUAACAAGUCUGUAACAACCAUGAAUACUUAUACAGGUGGGCCGUUUCAACAAGCUAUUUCAGGUACGACAACCUUGAAUACAUCCUGGUACCAAUUUGGUCCCGGUCAGCAAUUCCAAACAUAUGGAUACGAAUACCUCAAUGAUGACAAGGAUGGAUAUAUUACUUGGUACGUUGGGGAGGAUCCAACAUUCACUAUGGGUGCAUAUAGUUUAGCUCCCAACGGGAACAUUGGAUGGAGAAGAAUACCAAAAGAACCAUUGUCCCUUAUUAUGAACUUUGGUAUAUCGAAUAGUUGGGCUUAUAUUGAUUGGACCGCCCUUCUGUUCCCAUUAACAUUUCGAAUCGAUUACGUUAGAGUCUACCAACCGGAAGAUGAGAUCAACGUUACUUGUGAUCCUCCAGAUUAUAAGACAUAUGACUACAUUCAGAAGCAUUUGAAUGCCUACAUGAAUAAUAACCUUACUACUUGGGAGUUAGCUGGUUAUAAAUUCCCAAAGAAUAGAUUAACUUCAAAUUGUUAA